UACAAAGCAGUUAACAAUAUGAACUGUCUGAUGAAUUAUGAUAAAUUAUUUAUUUAGUUUUUAAGUUCUUGAAAAAGUUCAUAUUACAAUAGUAACGGUAUUCAUUUUUUUUCUAUUAUAGAAAAUUAAUUUUUUUUCAAUUGCGUAAAGGUUUUUAUUAUAGUUGACUAUAUAUGUUAUUAUUCAAACAUCUAAAAUGAAUUAGUAUUAUAUUAAUGACAUAAAUGAUUUACAAAAACUACAAUUUAUAUUGUAUUCUGGUUACUCAAUUAAAAAAAUAUGUAAAAAAAUUAAAUUAUUGAAAUCACUAUGUCUGUUUUGAGUGGAAUUUGGAAUUGGGUUUUUGGAAAACAAGAAAUACUUGAACGUCCAGCUAACUUGCUCUUUGAAAGAGAUGUAUCUUCAGAUAAUGAUUUUUGGAUUUCAUGUAUUUUGGAUCCAACAUUAGAUAUUAAAUAUGUCAACGGUAUAAUAACAAAAAUUUUAGAUACUGACAAAUGUCUGAUCAAUGAUGUUUACCAUUACCAACCAAAAACAGACAAAGAAAUUCGUAAUUUUUCCUAUCUUGAAGUUAGAAGUCCUGUGAGGGUAUCAUUGUAUAGAAAAAAAGAUUCAAAUGAAGAAUGGAAAGUUGCUAGUUGUUUUUUAUCUAAAGAUGGACAUCAUACUCAAGCAACUAGAUUGAGAGCUCAUAGGCCAGUUAGUGUAGAUUAUGAAGAACCUACAAUUGAAACAAGUAUUAAUAAAAACAAAGAAGUUACAAAUAUUAGCAAUAAUAUACCUAAAACUUCUUCAGAAGAAAAUCUUAUUUCUGUUGAAGUAAUUGGUGAUAUGCCAAAAAUUAUUAGUUAUGAACAAGAAUCAACUAUACAGAUAUUAUUUAGAAACAACAGCUUUGUAGUGAAAAAAAAAGUGUUAAACUAUAAAACUAUGCUUGGUAAUAAAGCACAGCUAUCAAUCUCAAAUAAACCUGAGUUACCCAUUAUUCUUGAUAUUAAAUCUCAGUAUAUUUUUGAUAUUAAUUUGCAUGGAAAAUACUUAGGAAGAUCAACAGAAAAAGUAGAAUUUAUUACUGAAGAUAUAACUUAUAAAGUUGGUAUAAAUAUUGAAGUAGUUGAUUCUAGAAUUGUUCAUCCUAUAGAAAAUGGGAUUUUUACUAGAAAACAAAUUGAUAUGGAGAGGUUGUUUGAAUUACAAAAUGAGUCAUUAAUUCCAGGAGUUCGUCCUGGUAAAAGAGUUCAAUUUCCUAGUGUUAGAAUUGGUCAAUGGACUAUAAGUCCUCAAUUAGUCAAAUGUUACUGGACUGAAGAUAAAAAGUCUAAUUUUAUAAUGAGUGAGAUAAAGAAUAAAAUUAAUAACUUAUACCCUGCAGCUUUUGAAACACUUUGCUAUCAAAAUUAUAGAGCAAAAUUUCAUACACUUUUAUUUAUGGAAGAAAUCGAAAUAACCAUAGCACUUCAAAAGUAUUCCCAGGAAAGAAUUAAUUUUGAACCUUUUGGAGAAUAUUUAGUUCUUAAAAUACCUGACCUAUCAGAACAACGCCCUUCAUUAAUAUCUGGUGAUUUGGCUGCAGUAACUGAUCCACCAAACUGUACUAAAAGAUUAGGAAGUACUGGUUGUUAUGAAGGAAUUAUACAUAAAGUUACAGCUGAUUCAUUAUGGUUGAAAUUUGAUACAGAAUUUCAUAAUAUCUGUGGCCAUUGGGACUACAGUGUCAGUUUUUUUAAUGCUAGAAUGAUGUAUCGAAAGCAACAUGAAGUUAUUAAUGAACUAUGGAAAAAAAAUAGGUUGGGUGAAGUUUUUUUAUUUCCUUACAAAGAAAAUAUGGAAUACCAGCCACCUAAACUUAUUUUUGAAGAAGAAAAAAUCAAACUGCAGGAAAGUGGACAGUGGAAUAAUAAUCUAAAUUCUCAAAAAACUGAUAUUAUGUUACCUCAACCUAAAGUUUUAAAACAAAUUAAAUGGUUUAAUCAAAAAUUAAAUGUUGAACAAAAAAAUGCUGUGAUUAAUAUUCUUAAAGGAGAAGGCAGACCAAUGCCCUAUGUUAUUUAUGGGCCUCCAGGUACAGGUAAAACUUUAACUUUAACUGAAGCCAUAAUUCAAGUUUAUAAAGAAAUACCCAGAAGUAGAAUGCUGAUAUGCGCACCAACAAAUUCUGCUGUUGAUAUGUUACUUGUUAAACUCAUAGAAACUGGUUUGUUUGAUAACAAUAUAAUGAAACGUCUUGUUGGUUAUAACCAUUAUAUCACUUCAUCGUAUCCUGAACAUAUCGAUAAAUAUUUCUAUUUACCUGAACUUGAAAAUUCAUUUAAUACUACUAAAGAACCAGAUUCAAAACUUGUCGAUAAAAGAGAUAUUUUUAAACUAAGAUUAGUUAUAACCACUGAAGGAACUUCUGGGAUAUUAUAUAUGAUGGGUCUUAAAAAUGGAACUUUUUCUCAUAUAUUUAUUGAUGAAGCUGGGCAAUCAACAGAACCUGAAAUAUUACUACCAUUGUCAUUUUUGGAUCCUUAUCGUGAUGGUCAAGUCAUAUUAGCUGGAGAUCCUCAACAAUUAGGGCCUGUAGUAUUAUCAAGAUUAGCAAAAACUUCAGGUCUUGGACAAUCUAUGCUUGCUCGAUUUAUUCACUAUCCUUCUUAUCAAAGGUUACCUGAUAUUUUUCCAGAAAGUAAUGGUUAUAACCCUAAAGUCUUAACUCAUUUGAUUCAUAAUUAUCGUUCUUUGCCUGAAAUUGUUGAUGUAUAUAAUUCAAUGUUUUAUAGUUCAUUACUUUGUGCAACAAAAAUAGAUGCUAAUGUGCCUGAAAGAAUAAUGUUGAAUAAUCUAAAUGAAAAUGCUCAUUGGGAUCUUUGUUGUAAAGGUCCAGUAAUUGUUCAUGGCAUUAGAGGUGAAGAUAGCCAGGAGCCCAGUAGUCCGUCGUGGUUUAACCCUCAUGAAGCUUUUCAAGUUCUUUUAUAUGUUACCAAGUUACUUAAAGCUGGUGUAUUAGCUGAAGAUAUAGGAGUUAUCACUCCAUACUGUUUACAAGUCAAUAAAAUCAAUGAAUUACUAAAAAUGUAUCAUCCUGAUGCUGUAUUACCAAAAGUUGGUACUGUAGAAAUGUUUCAAGGCCAAGAAAGAACUGUCAUUGUUAUAUCAAUGGUUAGAAGUACUUCUACUAUAGGAAAAGAAAAGGAUAAAAAGUUUGGUCUUGGUUUUGUUGCCGCCAAAGAACGUACUAAUGUUUCUUUAUCAAGAGCCAAAGCAUUGAUGAUCAUUAUUGGUGAUCCAACUAUUAUGAAAUCAAAUUAUUAUUGGAGACAAGUACUAAACAAAGCAAUUGCUAAUCAAAAUUAUUUAGGGUGUAAUGUUCCUGACGAUAAUGAAGAUGAUAUAAAAACAAGUUUAAACUAAAUUUUUAUAUAAAAAAAAAAAAAUUAAUAAUUAAGUUUUGACUAUUAAAUAUAUUUUAAGUUUAAUUGUUGUAGUAUAAUAAUU